CAUUUACAUCGUAAAGACCUAUACUUUGUGCCAAGAUGCUCUAUAUCAUAACCAAGCGCUUUGUAGUGUAAUUAGGACUGCUAACAUUUGACCACAUCUAAAGCUGCCCGAAUUCUCGAACUGACUGAGUCUAAAGCGGCAUUUGAAUCGGUUCACUCUUUUUUUUUUCCUCUGGAUUCCUGCCGCCAAAUAAGCAGAUUCAAGCAGAGCUGAAUAAACCUUCUUUCUCAACGUUCAAAGGUAUCCAGCAUCGUAACAUGUCCAUCCAUCAAGGAUCCAUCCAUCCAUAACAACAACUGACUGAUUUCUAUAUAACAGAUGCCUCCCAAGUUCGAUCCCUCUGAGGUUAAGAUUAUCUACCUUCGUGCUACUGGUGGUGAAGUCGGUGCUUCUUCUGCUCUCGCCCCCAAGAUCGGUCCUCUUGGUUUGUCCCCCAAGAAGGUCGGUGAAGAUAUCGCCAAGGGUACUAAGGACUGGAAGGGUCUCCGUGUCACUGUCCAAUUGACCAUUCAAAACCGUCAAGCUCAAGUGUCCGUUGUUCCCUCUGCUUCUUCUUUGGUCAUCAAGGCUCUCAAGGAACCUGUUCGUGACCGUAAGAAGGAAAAGAACAUCAAGCACUCUGGUAACAUCUCUCUUGAUGAUGUGAUCGAAAUUGCUCGUACCAUGCGUUUCAAGUCUUUGGCUCGUGAACUCAAGGGUACUGUCAAGGAAAUCCUUGGUACUGCUUUCUCUGUCGGUUGUACCGUUGAUGGUCAAAACCCCAAGGACCUCGGUGAUGCCAUCGAUGCUGGUGAAGUUGAAAUUCCCGAAAAAUAAACGCUCAUCUAUACGUUUUAUUUGAAAAUAAAAAAAAAGGCUCUAGAUGCAAACACAU